UUUCAGUUCCCUCCGUGAGGACAACAUGUCGCUCUACGAUGGAGUGGACAUUGAUGGUGUACCAAUGCAAUCAAAUGCCACGGAAGGAACAGAUAUUACCAAGCUUUCUGGUUGGUCAUCUAGUUACAAACUUCUGCAGACUCAACUACAGAGAAAGAAAGUUGCUCAGACAAGACCAGUAUCAACAUCUCGAACCAAGGCAGUAAAUCAAGUGGUACUGGGCAUUAAAAGAUCAGCUGAAGAUUUAGAGGAUUCCACAGUGUCAGAUCUUGAUGGUAGAGAAAUUCUGGUGAGCUAUGAACUGCUCUUACUUCUAAGAAACCAUGUUCAGGGACCCUACUGUAGCUUAUGGACUUGGUUUUUGCCUGUUUUAUUGAUGGAUAUUUUUUAAUUUAUGGAUAUUGUAAGGAAAAGUUACAUUUUAAUUAUUUCUGGUAGUUGAAGGGUGAAACACAAUUUAAAAGAUGUAAACUUUCAGUAGCUAGUGAGA